UUUAGUGGAUUUUAUAUACUUUAUUGGAAAAGUAUAAUAAAUAAAACACAAUUAGGGACAUAAAACUUGCUCAGAAUUUUCUUAGAUGGAUAUGUCAAAACAAUCAAAUUGAUCCUUAUACCUCUGUCCUUUCAUUUUGUGUGAAAAUAAAAACACUACCCCUGUCCACUUAGUGAAAUGUGUCUUUCAUUACAGAGACAGUUGAGAAUCAGAGAUGUGGCCAUAGAAUUCUCUCAGGAGGAGUGGACAUGCCUGGACCCUGCUCAGAGGGCUUUGUAUAAGGACAUGAUGUUGGAGAACUACAGGAACCUGGUCUCUCUCACAAGGGAAAGAGCCCUGGACUGUGGCGAUGAAAAUAGCAAACAAAUAAAAGAAAAAAAGAAAUGGGUGAGAGUGUAUCACAGGUGUGAACACAGAAGAAUUAUUCCAAGUAGUGAAGGACAUGAAAGACGUGGUAUAGAGAAUUUUGACUGUGAUGAAGCUCUAGAAUAUAUGCAUGAAUUUGAGAGUCAAUGGGGAUAUAAAAAAAGAAAUUAUGAAGGAGUGACUACAUCCCAUAACAACAAUCUCACUGAUAGAGGAGACCAACAACGUAACAAAUCCCAGAAGAAUUUUCAUCUAAAGCAGAAUGUUGCUCUAAGAAAACAUGCAUAUCGAUAUGCUCACAACUCCUGGGUCAUGAGAGACCAUACUGGAGAGAAACCUUACAAAUGUAAUGAGUGUGGCAAAGCCUUUACUCUGCAUUAUUCUUUUACUCGAUAUCAGAGACUCCAUAAUGAAAGUUCAAACAUUGAAUAUCAUCAGAUAAUUCACAGUAAGGAGAAACCUCACAAAUGUAAUGAGUGUGGCAAAGACUUUAGUUCCUUCUCUAACUUCAUUAAACAUAAGAGAAUGCACUCCGGCCAGAAACCGUAUACAUGUAAUAUAUGUGGCAAGAUCUUUACUGGAAAUUCACACCUGAAAAUUCACCAGGGAAUUCAUACUGCGGAAAAACCUUACAAAGUAACAUCUGUGAAUCCUGCAGUCACCAUUCCCGGCAGCAGCUGUGACGAGCUGGUAGUAGCGUUCAGCCGCAGUUUCCUCAGGGAGAAACAGGAUGCCGCACGCCCUACUCACACCUCUGGAACCAGAGAAAAACGGAGCUCUCAGCAAAAGCUAAAGCAUUAUCCCCUGCUGCAACCAGAUAUGGGUACCUACACCAAUCACCCCUACCCCCCCUCAGACUGUAGGAAAGAGCCUGUACCACACACUUGA